CAAAGCAACUAGCAGUCACAGGAAUCAUGACAGAGUGGACUUUGCUCAAACGUCUCCUGGAUGCUGUCCAUCAUCACUCCACUAUGAUCGGACGCCUAUGGCUCACAGUCAUGGUUAUCUUCAGGCUGCUCAUUGUUGCUGUUGCUACAGAGGAUGUGUAUACGGAUGAACAAGAAAUGUUUGUUUGCAACACUUUACAGCCAGGAUGUUCAACUGUGUGCUACGACACAUUUGCACCCAUCUCACAGCCACGGUUCUGGGUGUUUCACAUAAUCAGUGUAUCCACUCCGUCGCUUUGCUUUAUCAUUUACACAUGGCAUAACCUGUCCAAGCAACCACAGAAUAGCUCUCAGAUACAAGAGACCUUCGACUGCAGCUGUGACUCGGACAGUUGCUCAAUCCACUCCCAUAAGCAUCUAGGUCACAGCCUAGCAGAUGUAGAGGGCACCGAGGUAGCUCAAGUUGUUUCUCGUGGAGUUCUGUCCAAAUGUUACAUUUUCCAUGUUUGUCUGAGGGCUGUCUUGGAGAUUGGCUUUGUCUUGGCCCAGUGGAAGCUGUAUGGCUUCCAUGUACCUGUCCAAUUUCUUUGCACUUCUUCCCCAUGCAGGCAACCGGUGGACUGCUACAUAUCCAGGCCCACAGAGAAGACUAUCUUCCUCCUCUUUAUGUUCUGUGUAGGAAUUUUCUGCAUUAUGUUGAACCUCCUGGAGUUAAAUCAUCUGGGUUGGAAAAAGAUUCGUCAUGCAUUGAGGUUAAGAGAGAAAAAGUCUUGGGGUGGCUGUCCAGGUAUCCAGGGUGGAUAUAAACCUUUUCCACCUGAUAGCCCUUCACUCAGAUCUUCUUUUGGAUUUAGGGAUGUGACCAGUACUACCUCUCUACCCACUCUGGACCUGGUGGUGGGUCAUCAGCCUGAUUGGAGCUGUGCACUUAGCCGUGAAGUUGUGGAAGUAGAAGUCAGGCCUGGACAAGUAAAGAGAUCUGACUCACAUAAAUACGAGAGGCAGCUUCUGAAGAGCAAGAAGGAGAUUGAAAGGUGCAAACAGAGGAGUGCUGAAGUCUGGAUAUAGACAAAAAUGGUCAAAAAUGCCUGCUGCUGUGGAAUGUGAGAAAGCUCAUUUACAACAGUUAACUUACAGUUAGAAUGUACAGUUUAUGACACUUGUUAUGGUAGCUUUUACAGUUUGAAAUGACAACUAAAUGACAUGGCUCAAUGUAAUGUGAGGCAAAUUUCAUUAAGCAUAACCUUUCAGUGAAAUGUUUGGCACUAGUGUUUUAUGAGUCCUUGUGCUUAUGAACCCAGGAGGGACCAUCCACAGGUUUUUCAAUAUUUGUGAGCAGAAGGACUGAUAAUGAUAUCCCAACAGCUUUAAGGUUGUCUUCUUUUAAGUAGUUGAUAUCUUAAUUUCAGAUGAGUUUGGGAUCAUGUCCUUGUAUUUUGAACAACACAACUAAUUAUAUAAAAAUAUUAUAGCCUUGAUCAUUGGGAUUAAU